AUGACCAACAUAGUUUUCAAAUCCUCUUUCAUUCUCCUAAUUCUCUUCAUCUCCAUCAACUAUUCUUGCGCGCAUAGAGCCCACGGUGUCAACAAGCCCGACUCGUCGGAGAUGUCUUCUGGGCCUAGCGGGUCGCCCGGAACUCCCACCGGAGACAGUGGCUCGGCCCAUGGGCCAAAUUGGGACUAUAGAUGGGCCUGGGGCUCGAGCCCAACAUCCGGUUGGGGUUAUGGGUCGGGCUCGGGUAGAUCCCGUGAUGGGUUCGGAAGGGGGUUUGGGUACGGGUCGGGCACGGGCUCGGGUUCCGGGUCAGGAUGGGGCUACGGUUAUGGUAGUGGUGGUGCUCGUGGAGAAGGCCAUGGAAGCGGCUCCGGUGGGGCGGCUCCCGGCGGGAAUCACCGUUGA